CGGAAGCUGUGCACGUGCUUUGCUGUGUUGUCAAACAAACUCAAAGUGCGAACUGUAGUGCAGUAAAGCGCCAAAUCAUUUAAACAGGUGUGAUGGUGGUAAAUGUCUCGUUUGCUGCGGCUGGGUUUUUAGGAGCAUAUCAUCUCGGUGUAGCAAAGGCGUUACUGAUGCAUGGAGAUAAACUGCUGUCCUCUUUAAAAGCCUGCGCUGGAGCUUCAGCUGGUGCUUUAGUGGCCGCUAUGAUGAUCACUGCUCCUGAUAAACUGCAGCAUUGUAAGGAAUUCACCUACAGGUUUGCCAGUAAUGUAAGAAGUCAGAGGUUUGGAGCGGUGACACCUGGAUAUGACUUCAUGCUUGAACUGAGGGAGGGUAUCGAACAGAUUCUCCCACCCAGUGCGCACCAGUUAGCCAAUGAACGCCUCCACGUUUCAAUAACACACUCAAAAACGCACAAGAACAGCAUGGUGUCCAGCUUCACCUCCAGGGAAGAUCUCAUUAAGGUAUUCAAGCCUGAGGUCAAUAGACAAUGAUUUAUCUUCCAGCCACUCGAGUGAUGCUCACAACCCAAAGGGAACUCUCCUAUUCAAUUAGACACAUCAUAAGUGCCGUCACUGGACAGGGUUAGUGCUGUGGAAAAUUGCUACUGAGUUCAUUAAUUCAUUCCCAUCUGAAAUAAAGAACAAAUUGCA